UCCUUAUGUUAUAAGUUUUGUGAACAAAAAUGAAUACACCAGUUUUUUUUUUGUGUAUUUUUUUUCCUGUUCUACAAAGGAUAUUUUAUACAAUUAAUAUAUUUUAAAUAAAAUUAUUCAAUAAUUUUUUGUACUUUUUUCUCAGUGCUAAAAAUACCAAUCCAACAAAAUAGUGUAAAUAAAAGAACCGGUAUCUCCAUAGUAAACAUUAGUAAUGAAAUUUGAAUGGACUUAUGUAAAUUAGGCCCAUUUACUCAACUGUUUUGAUCAUCAGUAAAAUAUGGCAGCUAAAAAUGCAUAUCUCCAAGAUCCAGAGUAUGAAGCUAUACCAGCUUCAUUUCAAGAAAAAAGAAUUAAAUUGAUGGAAGAUAGUGGACGGCUGCACACAAAAAAGAAAAUUGAGGGAAUUAUAACUGCAAAUUUUAAUCAAGAAAUUAAUUCUAAAGGUGCUGAACUAGAUUGCUUGGAUGAUUAUUUAUAUGAAGCACGCUCCACUUUGGAUCGUUUGCGGGCUUGUGCUAUUACAAAAUAUUAUGCCAAUGUUGGGCAAGAGCAGACAUCUUCUUCAUCAUCUGAAAAUAUUUUUCCUUCUAUUCAUCCUACAUCUAAAAAAUAUCUGGGAAAAUCUCCUAAAUAUUUGAACAAUGUUAUGGUGGAAGGGAAUUUUAACAGUGCAGAUAGUCAAGGAAGCACUUCUGAAAUACUUUCAAGUUAUAAAUCACCUGUUUCAAACCAAGUUACUAAAAAGGCUGAAGCGAUAAAAUCUUAUUUAUCCCCAAGUAAAGACAUUUCCUCUCGAGCCCCUCGUAUCAAAGUAAAAAUAAUUAUUGGAAAUAUUUCCAAAUUCAUUCCAGUGUGGAUGCGGGAUGAGAGUGAUCAACAUAUAACACAUAAAUGGAUGAUUUAUGUCAGAGGAGAUAAAAAUGGCCCCACCAUUGAAAGUUUUGUGAAGAAAGUUAGAUUUUUCCUACAUUCCAGUUACAGACCUAACGAUAUUGUUGAAAUCUGUAGUCCGCCAUUUCAUCUCAUAAAGAGAGGCUGGGGUGAAUUUGAAGUUCGAGUUCAAAUAUUUUUUCACGAUCCUCGUAACAAACCUGUUGAUAUACAGCAUACUUUAAAGUUGGACAAGACAUUCACUGGUCUACAAACUCUUGGAAAUGAAACUGUUGUAGAUUUGCAACUGUUUAAAGCAGAUGCCAGUGGAAGCAAUCCUUGUGCCAGUCUAUCUACCAUUCUAUCAAACUCAAGUUUGCAAUCAUCUUAUAAUUUGCAGCAAAAUCAUGUAUCUUAUAAUGAAUUAAAUGCUGAUUCAACUAUUGCAAUCAAAGCAGAACCCGAUGUUGAAUCUGAAAAUAGUGUUGAUGUUUCUGGUACAGACAGCUUGAUGUCUCCUCCCCCUGUGCAAAAUAUUUCAAAUAAAAAAUUACCAAAAGAAAAUAGCCCAGAUAUUACUUCAAAUUCUGCUCUUUCAAAUGGAAGCUUAUUUGAUGGAGAGACAAAUGAUAUUCCAGAUAGAACUACUAUCCCUAAACCAGUUGUUCCUAUCGUGACUCUUUCAAGGAAUACUGAUACAGACUUGAAACCUGUAAAUAAUUUUGUCUCAAAUGGUGUAAAUACUGCUUAUUUAAAAUGUAGAGAUAAAGAAGGCCGAGUACUUAUAGUUCCGCAGUCCUCUUUGGUUUGCAUUAAGUCUCGAAAGUUAUCAGGAAAAACAUCAACUGUCCAGACAACUCCUGAUAAACUGAUGAAUUCUAAAACAUCUGUUCCUUCUUAUUUCUUGAAAGUUGUUCCUAAUCAGGACAGUGGCCAAAACCAACUGCUUCUCAUUGCCAUGGCAGAAAAAAAAAUACAAUGCACAGAUGUCAAAAUGUCUGCUGAAGUUGCCUGUCAAAGUGGUCUUGGUUUCUCAAAUGAUAGUAACAGUACAGAUUCUUCUCAAAAAUUAAAGCCUGGUGUUUUUUGGGAUGAAGAACUCAAUAAUAUUAAGAUUGAAUACUAUAAGUCAUUUGUGGAUUUAUUGAAGAGAGUAUGCAAAGCAAUACCUCUUGUGAAGAAAAAUAUUGAUCGAAGUUUAUAUCCAUUUUGUGCAUCUUCAAUGGAUGAGUUUCUAAGGUGGACUAUUGGUAAACAACGUGCUUGUGAGUGGAAGAGAGCUGGUUUGGUGCGAACAGCCAUCUUGAACAUUCUUAAGAAAAAUAAAUUUCCUUACGCUACAGAAGAAAGUGUGUGGCCAAGGCAUGUCAUUAUGACUUGGUGUCGAAAAAAUGGCUUUGUACCAAUGGUGUCUGAAAAGAUGACUCUCCUACCAGAACCAAAGUGGUCAGGUGUUGAGCUAUGUUCUGUAAGCAAUGCCAAUGAUUUAUUUUGUAGUUUACAUGAAGAUCACACAAAAUUAGAUUCAACUGAAGAUGAUUUAGAAAUCGAUAUUCUUGAAGAUACCAAGGCAGAUUCUUCAAUACUUAAAAAUAACCAAAAUCAUUUACCCCUGACUCGUAUAUCCUAUAUCCAUCCAGCAGCUGCUUUUGUGAAAGAAGUAUCAUCACAGAUGGGAGUGAACAUUAAGCCUAUAGAAAUGGAACCAUCUAUAUUCAUGCCAACUAUUGAAGAAAUGAUAUUAGCAGCUUGUCGAGAGCUUGCAGCAGAUAUAAUAAGAUCAUCUGUAAAUGCUGGAUACAACAGAAUGGGGGGCCAGUUGUGUCCAGAAGAAAUAACAGUGUCAGAUGUGUAUUCUGCUAUCAAAGACACUCCGCAGUUUGAUUUCCUGACCAACAGUUAUUUAGGAGUUCCUAAAGAAGCUAAAGGCGAUACUUGACUAAUACUGAACAUUAUUUAUGUUAUUAGCAUUUUUUUUUAUAUAUCACUUCAACUAACUUAACCUUUUACAGUCUUGUGUGAUGCAUCAGAAGUUAAAAGUACAAAAUAGAUCAGUAUGAAUAUGCAUUUUAUGAAUAAGACCUUUUCCUGCUGUCUUUCUAUUAUACAAAUGAAAGAAACAGCAUAAUAUUGCUCACUAUAAUCUGAAAUAAGUAUAAAUCUUCCAUAAUAAUUGUGUUUACUUUGAGCUAUAAAUUUCAAUCUGCAUUUUGCAAGAAAUUAUAAAGUGGGGAAUUUUCAUAACUUUAAAUGAUUUGAGCAAUCAUUCAACCAUCUGUAUAUAAUUCCACUUUUCUGAUAUAUGAUGAAAAUUCCCCUCUUUUAAAUUUAAUUCUUAAGACUAUAUUAUUGUGUUUUCCCUCACUUUAUGGUUGUUUAAACCAUGUGAUUACUUUUCUGUGAUAUUCUUUUUUUUUUUUUUUUGGUGCCAAACAAAUUCACUUAUUUUAACCUUAUAAAUGCUAAAGGCAGUCACCUACAUACAUAGUGGUGCUAAUUGCUACUAAAAAUAUUAAUAAUUUUCCUUUGUAGUUUCUUAAUGAAAAUACAUAAUGAUGUUUGUUAUUGUUGAAUUAUUUCGAAUUUUGAUUACACAAUUGUCUUCCUUUAACAAAUGUGUUAUGCUGCAUCUGUUUGAUCAGUUGCAACUAAGCAAUAAAUAUUCAUUGUCAUAUUUCUGCAGUAUGUGUUGGAUGUGAAAAUAAUUUAUGUAAAUGCACAUUAAUUUUAGAUGCAAUGCUAAGUAUUAUAUUUAUAAUAAAUUUGACUGCUGUUUGCUGUAUUUAUAUGUAGAUAUGACUUGCAAAAGCUUAAUCAAAUGAUAUGAAAAAGGAUAUUUCAAGAAAAUAUUAAUAUUCUGAUCAAACAGAUAUUUUGAUUCUUUAGAAAAAUGAAAUUCAAAAGAAACUGAAAAAAUUUUUGCAAUGUUUUUUCUCACUGUGUCAAAGUAAAUAAUUUUUUAAAUCUGGGGACCUGUAAAAUAUAUUGUGCGCAAUUAUGAAUGAAGAAUGCAAAAUUUUGAUCAUUUUAUAUUCAUUAAAAUGGAAGAAAAACAGCUUUAUUUGAAUUGUCUUUGAAAUCAGAUUAAAUACAAAUUUUAGUUCCAAUAUUCUGCGAGUACCUUUAUUAUCAUUUUUUAUCGUUAUAAUAACGAAUGUGUUUUUUUUUAUCAUUAUAAGUCAUAGUAUGAAAUGUGUAAUAAUUAUUACUUUUUAGUAUAUUUAAUUAUUAUUUGAAAUAAUUAAUUUAGUUAUUGUUUCAAAUUCAUGAAACAUGCAGAUCUAAUUUUCUAUAUCUGAUCUGUGUUAAUAACUGCUACAUGAUUUAAUAAAUUAUCAGUUCUUAUGGGUUUUGAACCCAUUUGCUUCAUAUAUUUUAGGAACAAAAUUAUGCUUUCUUUCCUUUUUAAUUUAAAUUGCUAUAGUUAAUUAGUAUUAAAGUAAUUCAUUGAGGUAAAUUCUAUUGCUAAAUUUAAAAUUCACAGAUAGUUUCAUUUGUUAUGACAAAAAUUUCAUUGGACUCAUUGCUUUUUAUUUUAAUUAUAUUAAUUAUUAAAGUACUAACAAAUCAAAUACAAAAAUUAUACCAAUAGAGAAAUGAAUCAAUAGUAAUUUUAUAGUUUACUUGCAUUGAGUGAAUUAUAUAAAUCACACUACAAUUGAAAUUUGAAUAAUUUAAAUUUAUACAGCAAGCUUUACCACUAUGUCUAAUCCACUUCUUACAGAUAUGCUUUAUUUCUCAUCAUAUUUAUUUAUGCAGGAAAUGUGUAGCACAUUAGUGUGUUUAAACAUCAAAAUUAAUGCAUUUGACAAGAACCUGGAGAAAAAUUUAGAUAAGCUUUAUAUUUUUACACUCAUCGUUUGGACUAUGCAAAUAAAAUGCUUUUCCCCCCUGUCUUUUUUUCUUCUCCCUCAGUACCCAAUACUUUUAAAAUAGGUUUUAAAAUUUUUAGUUAAUUUAAAUAUUGAAAAUUUCUUUUUCCCAUUUCUGAUAAUGACUAAAAGUGUACAAAAUUUUCACUGUAUUAUAUCAGUGCAUUUAUGUUUUGUGCUUCCUGAAUCUCAACUCUGUCAUUUGAAAAUGUACAUAUUUGAGUUGUACAUCAUCAGGGAGACUUUUUUUUUUUUUUUUUGGCAGAUGUUUGUAACAUAUAGUGUACAUACAAGUUUUAGACUGAUUGUAAGUUUGUAGUGAAAGAUGAAUGUAAAGUUGUAACAGGCAUUUUUUGAAUACAACCUUGUAUUAAUAA